UUUAAAAUUGAUGAGUCUCUGCAGUUACAGACAGUUCUGCACUGUCAUGGUGUGAAGUGCAUCUGGAAGACAGAAGUUUACUCACCUGUACAGAUACGUAACCACACUUUGUCUUGCAAAUUGCAACCACCUCUCUCUCUCUCUCUCUCUCUCUCUCUCUCUCUCUCUCUCUCUCUCUCUCUCUCUCUCUCUCUCUCUCUCUCGCGCUCUCGCUCUCGCUCUCUCUCUCUCUCAGGUUUCCUGUUAUGCAGAAAUACCAGAAUUAGAUAGAAAAUUUAAUAGAAAAAUGCUUUUUAAACCCGGAUAAUUGUUUACAUUACACUUUAAUUCUGCAAAUCAGUGGAUCAUUUUUCCCCUUUAUAUCAGCUGCUAUUUUAAGUGAACAUAAACCCUGUUGGAGCAAAUCAAGUGCUUUCGGAUGAUGAGUUAAAUCUGGUUUGCUGGUCUCAAUCUGGCAACCGUUGACAUACACAGGUAAGGUGUGUAAACACAUUUCCGUUGAAGAACAAAGAGAGCUGUGAGAAGACCAGAGAGAAGAUCUGAAAGGAAACAAGCGACAGAAAUCAAACUGCUGAGAGUCUUUCAGACACUGUUUAACAGAACCUGUUCAGACAAGAUCACUAAGACAAGCGGGAAACAACAUGGAGAAAGAGGAAAGCCGGCUGCAGCAGCUUCAGGAGGGUGUAGAGGAGACAAAGGGUAUCAUGGUGGAAAACCAUAACAAGGUCAUAGAUCGCGGCAUUAAACUAGAGGUUUUGGACGAGCGAGCUGAAGCACUGCUUGAGAGUAGCAGAAGGUUUCAAAAGACAUCAAGGAAACUGAAAGUGAAGGAAGAAGCUGAGAACUCGAGGAUGCCCUCUAAAAACUGGAAGAUGAAGAUCAUUGCUGGAGUUUUUCUGGUCAUCAUCAUCAUCAUCAUCAUCAUCAUCAUCAUCAGUUUAUCAUGGCCAACAUAAGAACGAGGAGAACAGAGAUUCGGGUUCAGAAACCAAGAAACUGGAGAAGAACUUGUGAUUAACUGUUAUUUAAACUACUCAGGAGUGUUUUGUAGUUCUGUGUUAUUGCAUCAAGCCUUGUCAUUUCUACUUUUGUAGAUGUGAGUGUAGUUUUCGGUAAUGGUAUCUGGACAAACUUUUGUUUAUCUACAGGUGACCCAAGUGUUUGUUUCGUAGUAAUGUGCAGUAGUGUGGAUGAACUGACUGUAUGUACACAUCAGAUCUGCCCUUCUAUCGUGAAUAAAAUCUCUUGUUCUCA